AGUGUGUAUGUCAAAGUGAAAGUUGAUGGGGCUGAGAAUGAAAAUUCUAUCAUGGAAUAUCAAUGGCAUACGAGCCAGUAAAAUAAACUUGAAGACACUGUUUGAUUCCCUUGAUGCAGACGUUAUUUGUCUCCAGGAGACCAAAGUAACACGUGAUCAACUUGAUGAGCCAACAGCCAUAGUUGAAGGUUACAAUUCCUACUUUAGUUUUUCCCGUAAGCGUAGUGGUUACUCAGGUGUUGCCAAUUUCUGCCGAGACACAGCCACACCAUAUAGUGCUGAGGAAGGCCUGACAUCAUUGUUGAAUCAGAAGGAUGAUGGGAAAGUUGGUUGCUAUGGCAAUGUGAUAGAUUUCUCAACAGAAGAGCUUGAUGCCCUGGAUGCAGAAGGGCGGGCAGUAAUCACUCAACAUCGAAUACAAACAGGUGAUGGAAAUGAAGCUCAUCUGGCGAUCAUCAAUGUUUACUGUCCAAGAGUGGAUCCUGAACGGGAUGACAGAAAGGUUUACAAAAUGAGAUUUCUUGCACUCCUUCAGACAAGGGCAGAGGCUCUUCUGCAGAGUGGAUGUCAUGUGAUUGUCCUUGGAGAUCUCAAUUUAAAUCACAAGAAGGUUGACAACUGUGAUCCAGAUUUGGAGGAUUGGGGUAAGGCCCCCAGCAGAAUGUGGAUGAACCAGUUCCUUUGGGAGCCAGGGAGAGAUCCAGACAUCGAGCCUGUGGAUGAUACAGAGGAGUUUCUGGGCACCACAUCCUGUGUUAAGGGUGGACUGUUUGUGGACACAUUUAGACACCUUUACCCUACCAGGACUGACGCCUACUCGAACUGGUGUACUCUUACGUCAGCACGUGAAACCAACUAUGGCCGACGGCUUGACUACAUUGUAUGUGAUGUUACCAUGGCUAAAAAUGAUCUGAAGGAGAGUUGGGUAAUCAAAGAUGUUGAAGGGUCUGACCAUUGCCCUGUCAAGUCAGAGUUUACCUCGUCAUUCCUACCAGCUAUCAAAUGUCCUGCUCUGUGUACAAAAUAUAUGCCAGAAUUUGCUGGGCGGCAGCAAAAACUGUCUUCGUUCUUUGUUAAAUCAUCAAAAAAUCCAUUAUUGAAGCUAGAUAAUGGAGGAACACCAAAAAAGGCAACAUUAUCCAAUGUUGGUGAACAAAAACCUAAGAAGGAAUCUUUAAAGACCAAGUCUCCAAACAAAUCUGGUCUAAAACGACGUGACACUGAUUGUUCUAAACCUUUAGGACAAGUAGCAAAAAGACAAAAAAGUGACAUCAAGAAAAGUUCAUCCAUUCCGAAGCAGUCCAGCCUUAUGAAUUUCUUUGGUAAACCACCCUCAAAGAAUGAUAUUUUGCAAGAUAGCUCCAAAAGACAAGCAAAUCUUGAGGGCAGUGCAUCUAUAAAUGGUCAAGAAACUGCAAGUGUGAAAAGUGAAACAGUACUCUUGAAGAAUAACAUAAAUGUGGUUAGUUCUGAUGAUAGCGGAUCACCAUCCAGCUCUCAGGAGCAGAAGGAUAGUGAAGUCACAAGCGGAUCGCCAUCCAACUCUCAGGAGCUGAAGGAUAAUAAAGUAACAGUGAAAAAAACCUCGGCACUAGCAUGGAAAAAUUUGCUGAAGGGUCCACCAACUGCCCCUUUAUGCAAAGGUCAUAAAGAACCUUGUUUGUUAAGAACAGUCAAAAAGGAGGGGCCCAAUAAAGGGAAACAGUUCUUUGUGUGUUGCCGAGCAGAAGGUCUUAGUUCAAAUCCAGAGGCUCGCUGUGACUUCUUCAAAUGGGUUGAUAGUAAGAAGUAAUUGUGUGCUUUUAGGCUUUUGACCAGUGUCGUCUAUUGUGCUUCGUUUGUCAUCUGUCAUAAACUAUUUAAAUAUGUGAGUUUUCUUAAUUACCAAGAGUCUCAGGGUCUUGAUAUUAAGCCAGUAGCAUGCUGGGAUGAAGGGCUACCAAGUUUUUUCAAAUAAAUGACCUUGAUCGUGACUUACUUUCAAGGUCUCUCAAGGGUCAAAAUUGUUGAAAUCUUUAAAACAGCUUCUCAAUAAAUAAAAAGCUCAGGUUCAUGAUAUUAAGCCAAUAGCAGGCACUAGUCAAAAGUGUCGAAGGCUUUUCCUCUACAUAGGUAUCUAGUGGGAUUUAUGAACAGCUUGUAUCUGGUCUGUGGUUCUGGUCUGUUCACAUAGUGAUUUAUGGAGGUCAAAUAUUACAGUAUGAAAUGUUCCGAGUUGAAAAUGUAUUUUCACCUCUAGCUAGUUCAGUGUCUGGGUUGAAAAUGUAUCAACAAAGUGUGUGGUCAGUAUAUGAAGUUCACAUUUUGUCUUAGUAGGUACAAUACACUAGAUGUUUUGUAAAAUAUAUAUAACAAUUGACCAUGAAAUAAAAUUAUGUGAAUGGUUGCUAUUGCAUUUAGAGCAAAGGUCAUAUAUAUAUAGAUGUAGUUGCAAGAUGGUAAAAUGGUGCAAAGCAUGUAUGAAUGUUUAAAAUUUGAAGAAUUUUGGUAAAUAUGUUUGUAGACCAUGUUUACAGAUACAACAUGCACACUAUUUACAUGUCAUGCUGUCAUUCUUUUAUUGUUCAAGAUGGAGAUUACAGAAAUAUAUUGUCAUUGUGAAAUAAAGUAUUGAUGAAUGGUUAUUCCAAUGAAGUCACCUUAUUUCAAUACUCCCAUAAAAAAGGACUAGUAGACAACAACAAAAAACCAGUUAGUUACUGCUGUAUUUAUUCUGUUCUUCCUUCUCAUAGUCAGAGACAUUAACAAAAGUACUCUUAACAUUUCUAGUAUCUUGUCACAUAGUCAGAGACAUUAACAAAAGUACUCUUAACAUUUCUAGUAUCUUGUCACAUAGUCAGAGACAUUAACAAAAGUACUCUUAACAUUUCUAGUAUCUUGUCACAUAGUCAGAGACAUUAACAAAAGUACUCUUAACAUUUCUAGUAUCUUGUCACAUAGUCAGAGACAUUAACAAAAGUACUCUUAACAUUUCUAGUAUCUUGUCACAUAGUCAGAGACAUUAACAAAAGUACUCUUAACAUUUCUAGUAUCUUGUCACAUAGUCAGAGACAUUAACAAAAGUACUCUUAACAUUUCUAGUAUCUUGUCACAUAGUCAGAGACAUUAACAAAAGUACUCUUAACAUUUCUAGUAUCUUGUCACAUAGUCAGAGACAUUAACAAAAGUACUCUUAACAUUUCUAGUAUCUUGUCACAUAGUCAGAGACAUUAACAAAAGUACUCUUAACAUUUCUAGUAUCUUGUCACAUAGUCAGAGACAUUAACAAAAGUACUCUUAACAUUUCUAGUAUCUUGUCACAUAGUCAGAGACAUUAACAAAAGUACUCUUAACAUUUCUAGUAUCUUGUCACAUAGUCAGAGACAUUAACAAAAGUACUCUUAACAUUUCUAGUAUCUUGUCACAUAGUCAGAGACAUUAACAAAAGUACUCUUAACAUUUCUAGUAUCUUGUCACAUAGUCAGAGACAUUAACAAAAGUACUCUUAACAUUUCUAGUAUCUUGUCACAUAGUCAGAGACAUUCACCAGUAACAAAAGUACUCUUAACAUUUCUAGUAUCUUGUCACAUAGUCAGAGACAUUAACAAAAGUACUCUUAACAUUUCUAGUAUCUUGUCACAUAGUCAGAGACAUUCACCAGUAACAAAAGUACUCUUAACAUUUCUAGUAUCUUGUCACAUAGUCAGAGACAUUCACCAGUAACAAAAGUACUCUUAACAUUUCUAGUAUCUUGUCACAUAGUCAGAGACAUUAACAAAAGUACUCUUAACAUUUCUAGUAUCUUGUCACAUAGUCAGAGACAUUCACCAGUAACAAAAGUACUCUUAACAUUUCUAGUAUCUUGUCACAUAGUCAGAGACAUUAACAAAAGUACUCUUAACAUUUCUAGUAUCUUGUCACAUAGUCAGAGACAUUCACCAGUAACAAAAGUACUCUUAACAUUUCUAGUAUCUUGUCACAUAGUCAGAGACAUUCACCAGUAACAAAAGUACUCUUAACAUUUCUAGUAUCUUGUCACAUAGUCAGAGACAUUAACAAAAGUACUCUUAACAUUUCUAGUAUCUUGUCACAUAGUCAGAGACAUUCACCAGUAACAAAAGUACUCUUAACAUUUCUAGUAUCUUGUCACAUAGUCAGAGACAUUAACAAAAGUACUCUUAACAUUUCUAGUAUCUUGUCACAUAGUCAGAGACAUUCACCAGUAACAAAAGUACUCUUAACAUUUCUAGUAUCUUGUCACAUAGUCAGAGACAUUCACCAGUAACAAAAGUACUCUUAACAUUUCUAGUAUCUUGUCACAUAGUCAGAGACAUUCACCAGUAACAAAAGUACUCUUAACAUUUCUAGUAUCUUGUCCUACAGGAAUUUUCUAGAUAAUAUAAGUAUCGCCCCACCCAAGUAAUUAAAAAAGUGAAAGGCAAGACUUGAAAUGUAGCAUGUACAUAAACAUACAUGUAAAAAUUGACCAGUAGAAGUCAAUUUAUUUAUAAGAAAAAGAUCUAUGGCCACAGUAAGACGGACCAAUUAAAGUCAAAAUAUUUAUGAAAUAUGGUCAAAGAAGUCCUUUCCGACUUAUAUUGCCACCUGCCGUGGUACCCUGGGCUAUAUAUAUGUAUGUUGGACUGUACCUAAGAAAGGUGUUCAUUAUAAAUCAAACAAGGAGACCAACAAGUUGUUCUGGAGAAAUGAAAAUAUCCUAGACUUGAUGUAGUAUACUAUUGAGAAAGAUAGGUGAUUUGACGGCUAGUUACUUUACACUGAGUCUUGAUAUUUUUAAUUAACAACUCUAGAACAUAUUUUACUAAAAAUCUUUAUUAGGUAUAUAUACAUGGUACAAUAGAUUGCGAUCAUUUAAUUGGUGAUGAUGAAACAUGAACCUACAGAAACAUUAAUGAAGUUUUUAUAUGAAAAUAGUUUUUAAUCAUAAAAUUAUUUCAUAUACCAGACAAUAAUUUGACAGGUGACCAACUGACCAUGACAUUAUAUAAUUAACUGGAACUCACAAUACAGAAACAAUACAAUCAUACAGAUUUGUUCCUGAUAAUCUUAUGUCAAUUUUUAUAUGAAAUAUGUGAAACGAGGAUAUUUCUUUUUUGGGAAAUGAAGUUCUAUCAAUAUUGAUGAAAUAUACCCGGUCACACUUACAUGUACUUUUGUAUAUACAUGUACCUCAUACAUAUCCAUUGAACACAAAGAGGUUAUGGAUCCAGAUGAGUAAUAUACUGACAUGACAGCUUUUCCACAAUAGUUACAAAACUUAGUGUCGGGAAUUGGUUUGAGAUUUCAACAUCAAUAAUUGGAUGUAAUUGGUGUCAACUGAUCAAUUUUCGAUCCUUAAAAAAACAUUUUUUACCCAGGAUUGAGUAGACGUAUUUCCUGCAUGGCAGAGUGUGCUGCCAUUUUUAUUUUAUACUAGCUUUAUUCUCCUAGUUAUCUUUAUUUUUAUCAUACCAUUUCAAUGUAACAAUCUUGAUUGUAAUCAUUUACAGUUUUUGCAAUUGAUUUUGUUUAAAUAGCAUGAUUGGACGUUAUAGUAAAAUGACAUAAAACUCUGACUUCUCUUAUUAGUGAAAAUGAAAGUAGAACUUGUACUUCUGGUUUUGAAAACAAUCAUCAAUGUUGACAUCUCAUAAUCGAUUGUUAAUUUAAUUGGCUGCUUUCCGAUUACAUAUGAAUUAUAAUCGAUCACCAGGACAACACAGAACUCCAGUUAUCACUGUAUCGAUACUUUUCAUUGUCAAGCUGAAAUGUACAUGUCAGUCUCGUAAUUAUAAAGCAACAUGAAAAUUUUCCAAAAAAAAAAAGAAAAGAAAAA